CUGACAAUAGCGUUGACCGGCCCCUCCCCCGCAAGAGUCAACCAAAUGGUUGGGUGAGGAGGCGGGUCUGCCUUGAGAACGAUCACGCCUGGCCUCGGACCUGACGAGGAAUGCCACCACGAAGAAAGGGGGCUUGCACUAUAGACUGUGGGCUAGUGUCGGCCGAUCAUUGAGACGACGUUGAUCCGAAGAAGUGCCUACAACUGCCCCCAUCUGAAAGGCUCCUGAAAAGUCCUGGACAAUAAGAGUCGGGGACAUUCCUGGCUUUGUUGCACUUUGCCCCAGUUCCCCAGUCGCGAACUCCUCAACUUCCCCAGAUCGUCGGUGCUUUCCCCAGAUUUUCUCUCAACUUUAAGUUGUUCGGCCCGACGUUUUUCAACUCCUUCGAUUAUUCCUCACCCAAAGUUGACAAUAGUGGCGGUCAUGGACGACAAACACCUCGAGGCGCACCCAACGUCCAUCGUCGACAAGGACGACAUCGCCGCGGCAAAGGGCGAGCACGUAGAGGAGAUUGGCCACGCCGCGACGGCAGAAGAUCACGAGGAAACUAUUUUCCAAGCCAUCAAGAACCAGCCGUGGGCGUUUGCGUGGUGUAUCUAUGCCAUCUAUGUCCUCAUCCUCACGAGCUUUGAUAACCAGGCGGGUGGAACGGUCAUUGGAAUCCCUCAGUUCCGCAAGGAUUUCGGUUCCGAAUUCAAUGGCAACUAUGUUCUCCCCGCCAAGUGGCAAUCGGCUUACAGCGGAGCACCUGUCGCCUCUGCCGUCGUUGGAUCCCUCGGUGCUGGCUGGGUGGCUGACCGCAUCGGCCGCAAGUGGACCUACUUCAUCAGUUUCUGUUUACUAUUUGCCGGCAUCACUUUAGAGGUAGUGGCCACUACCAACGAGAUCUUCUUCGCGGGCAAGUUUGUUGCCGGAUUCCCCAUUGGCGCUUUCAUCACAGUCAGCAUGACAUACAUUGGCGAGAUCGCGCCCUUGGCUCUUCGCGGCAUCUUGACCGCCGCUGCGGCCAUCGCCUUCACAAUUGGCCCAUUUAUCGUCUCUCUGGUUGUCAACGAGACUGGAACUCGAACCGACCGCUGGGCUUAUCGCACGAUCUUUGUGUCGCAGUAUGGCGUUAGCGGAGUUGGUGCUCUAUUGCUGUUCUUCAUGCCGGAAUCGCCAUGGUGGUUGGUCAAUCAGGGCAAGAUACAGAAGGCUGCAAAAUCUCUAAGUCGUCUUGGCUACGAUGCCGUCCAGGUCGAGAAGCGUCUUUCUAUCAUUACUCUCACCCUCGCUGAGGUUCGCAAGGAGACCGACGGCGCCAGUUUUGCCGAGUGCUUCCGCAAGUCCAACCUUCGCCGCACCAUCAUCUCUGUCGCGCCUUUAAGCAUCCAGGCUCUAUGCGGUGUAUUCUUUGUUGCAUCGUACUCUACCUACUACCAGCAAUUGGCCGGAUACAGCACCAAGGAGAGUUUCACGCUGGCUAUUGUGCAGCAGGUCAUGUCCAUGCUCGGCAAUGUCACCGCAUGGUUCCUCAUCGAUCGAGUUGGUCGCCGUGGUCUCACUCUCUGGGGAAUGUGCACCCUGACAGUCCUUCUCAUGAUUACUGGUGGUCUUGCGGUCGCUGCAACACCUGGUGCCGUCAAGGGAACCGUCGCACUGCUGCUGGUGUACUGCUAUAUCUACAACGUCACCAUUGGAGCCACAGCAUACUCCCUCUUGAUCGAGGUUGCAACUUCGCGUCUCCGUGCUAAGACUGCUUCUAUGGCACUGGCUCUGCAAAACAGUCUCUUCACCAUGUGGGCGUUUGUUAUCCCCUUCCUUUUCAACCCCGACCAAGCCAACCUCGGUGCCAAGGUUGCCUUCAUCUUCGGUGGCCUUUCCAUUUUGUCCACUGUCUACCUCUGGUUUUACCAACCCGAGGUUGCUGGCCGGUCUUACGAGGAACUUGAUGAGAUGUUCAUCAAGCAGGUCCCAACACGCAAGUUCAAGGGCUAUAAGACAGAAGUGCAGGAGAAGAGCCAGAGGGCGGUUGCGGAACAGCAAUGAUCUGUCAUACAGUUCGUUGAUCCUUGACCUGGCUAAUCUAAGAUGGUUUCGGGAGGGAGCACCGUAGUUGGCCGACGGUUGAUUUAUCUUUGGAAACGCUACAUGAACAGGCGGGAAGCGUUAUAUAUUGACAAGAGAAAUAGUACUGAAUGGAACUCUUCAAGAACACACGAGUUGAAGCUUCUGGUGCAAUUGACACCAAACGUGC